AUGGCCGAUCUCGAAGCCGUUCUUGCAGAUGUAAGCUAUUUGAUGGCUAUGGAGAAAUCCAGAAAUCAGCCAGCUGCACGAACAUCCAGAAAGAUUAUUCUUCCGGAUCCGAGCGUUCGAAGUAUUAUGCAAAAAUAUUUGGAGAAAACGGGUGAAAUUAAAUUCGAACGAAUAUUCAAUCAACGCUUAGGCUUUUUAUUGCUAAAAGAUUUUGCGGACAGUGUUUGCGAAAAAACAUGUCAACAAAUCAAAUUUUAUGAAGCGAUUAAGGAAUAUGAAAAGAUGGGAACUGCCGAAGAGCGUUUAAUUAAAGCUCGUGAAAUCUACGAUCACAAUAUUAUGGUGGAAAUGCUUGCUCAUUCACAUGUAAAAAUGUUUCAAAUGAAAUUUAAUAAAUAA